AUGAGCACUGUCCCCAACCGGAGUGCUGAAGGAUACCCCGCGGCGUUCUGCUACCAGGUAAAUGGGUCCUGCCCCAGGACGGUCCAUCCUCUCGGCGUCCAGUUAGCCAUCUACCUGGCCUGUGCGGUAGGCAUGCUGAUUAUCGUCCUGGGAAAUUUGUUUGUGGUGUUUUCUGUGUCCUUCUUCAAAGUGCUCCACACUCCCACCAACUUCUUGCUGCUUUCCCUGGCCCUGGCUGACAUGUUACUGGGUCUGCUGGUAUUGCCCUUCAGCACCAUCCGCUCAGUGGAGAGCUGCUGGUUCUUCGGAGACCUCCUCUGCCGCCUGCAUACCUAUCUGGACACUCUUUUCUGCCUCACCUCCAUCUUGCAUCUCUGUUUCAUUUCUAUUGACCGUCACUGUGCCAUCUGUGAGCCCUUGAUCUAUCCCUCCAAGUUCACAGUCAGAGUGGCCCUCAGGUACAUCCUGGCAGGAUGGGGAGUUCCAGCAGCUUACACUGCCUUCUUCCUCUACACAAAUGUGGUAGAAAAUGGGCUCAGUCAGUGGCUGCAAGCGAUGCCUUGUGUUGGCAGCUGCCAGCUGCUGUUCAAUAAAUUUUGGGGCUGGUUAAAUUUCCCUGUAUUCUUUUUCCCCUGCCUCAUCAUGAUCAGUUUGUACGUGAAGAUUUUCAUCGUUGCUACGAGGCAGGCUCAACAGAUCAGCACCUUGAGCAAAAGCCUGGCUGGGGCUGUUAAACGUGAAAGAAAAGCUGCCAAGACCCUUGGCAUUGCUGUGGGCAUAUACCUUUUGUGCUGGCUUCCUUUCACCAUUGACACGCUGAUUGACAGCCUCCUUAACUUCAUCACGCCACCACUCGUCUUUGACAUCUUUAUCUGGUUUGCUUACUUUAACUCAGCCUGCAACCCCAUCAUUUAUGUCUUUUCCUACCGGUGGUUCAGGAAGGCACUGAAACUCAUCCUGAGCUGGGAGAUUUUCUCACUGCGGACACCCACUAUUGAUUUGUACCAAGAAUGA